AUGUCCUCAGAUGACGCUGUGAUCGAAUGGCUUCUCGCCUCCGACCCAGCUAUCCGCUGGCAAGUCAUGCGCGAUCUCCUCCAUGAGCCUAAAGCCACAUACUCGAAAGAGCGCCAGAGAAUCGAGACCGAGGGCUGGGGCGCGCACCUCCGCUCCCUGCAAGACCCCGACGGGCAAUGGGCCGGCGGCGGGUUCGCGCCCGCCGACAUCACGGCGAAAGAGUGGAAAGAAGUCGGGCAGCCGUGGACAGCCACAUACAGCGUGCUGCAGCAACUGCGCGAGUUCGGCCUCGACCCGUCGUCCGACUGGGCCCAGCGCACCGUCGACCUGGUCGGCCGGAACUCGCGCUGGGACGAGGGCGGCCAGCCUUUCUGGGAAGGCGAGACGGAAGAGUGCAUCAACGGUCAGACGGUCGCGAACGGGAGCUAUUUUGGCGUGGACAUGUCGAAGCUCGUGGAGCGCCUGCUGGGGGAGCGGAUGGAGGACGGAGGCUGGAAUUGCGAGAGGGCAAACGGCUCUGUGCGCUCCUCCUUCGCCACGACUAUCAACGUUCUCGAGGGACUGCUCGAGCUUGAAAAGGCCGGUCGUGGGACGCCUGACUCUGUCGCGGCGCGCAAGUCUGGCGAGGAGUACCUUUUGAAGCGGCAGUUGUUCCGGCGGUUGAGCACGGGCGAGCCAGCAGACGAAGAGUUUUUACGCUUUUUGCACCCGAAUCGUUGGCGGUACGACGUCUUGCGUGCGUUGGACUACUUUCGUGCCGUUGGGGAGCAUACCGGUGAGAAACCUGAUGCGAGGCUUAAGGAGGCGGUUGAGCAUGUGAGGUCGAAGAGGUUGCAGGAUGGGAAAUGGAUGUUGGACUGGGAUUUGCCGGGUCGGACGUGGUUCAAAGUGAAUGACGGCCCGGGUAAGCCGUCGCAGUGGGUGACGCUCCGGGCGAUGCGUUGCCUCAAGUGGUGGGAUGAGAAUGCCGAAGCAUAG